AUGACCGACACGUUACCCGGCGGUGGCGACGUCACGGCGCCGAUGGAGCAAGCCGCCGCCGCCGUCGGAGUGACCGGCUCCGGCGCCGCGGCGGCGGCGGUGGUGUGCUACUCGCCCAUGAAGGUCACCACGUACGGCAUCUGGGAGGGCGUCAACCCGCUGGAGUUCUCCCUCCCCAUCUUCAUCCUCCAGACGGCCGUCAUCGUCGCCACCACCCGCCUCCUCGUCCUCCUCCUCAAGCCCUUCCGCCAGCCCCGCGUCAUCGCUGAGAUCCUCGCCGGCGUCAUCCUGGGGCCGUCGGUGAUGGGGCAGGUCGGGACGUGGGCGGGCACCGUGUUCCCGGGGCGGAGCCUGCUCACCCUGGAGACGGUGGCGCACCUGGGCCUCCUCUACUUCCUCUUCCUGGUCGGCCUCGAGAUGGACGUCAACGUCAUCAAGCGCUCCGGCAAGAAGGCCGUCAUCAUCGCCGUGGCCGGCAUGGCGCUGCCCUUCUGCAUCGGCACCGCCACCUCCUUCAUCUUCCGGCACCAGGUGUCCAAGAACGUGCACCAGGCCUCCUUCCUGCUCUUCCUCGGCGUCGCGCUCUCCGUCACGGCCUUCCCGGUGCUCGCCCGGAUCCUCGCCGAGAUCAAGCUGCUCAACUCGGAGCUCGGCAAGAUCGCCAUGUCCGCGGCCAUCGUCAACGACAUGUGCGCCUGGAUCCUGCUCGCGCUCGCCAUCGCCAUCUCCGACGUGAACAGCACCCCGUUCUCCUCCCUCUACGUGCUCCUCUCCGGCGUGGCGUUCGUGCUGGCGUGCUUCUACGUCGUGCGGCCGGUCAUGUGGUGGAUCGUCCGCCGCAUCCCCGAGGGCGAGACCAUCAGCGACGUGCAGAUCACGCUCAUACUCACCGGCGUCAUGAUCUCCGGCGUGUGCACCGACGCCAUCGGCAUCCACUCCGUGUUCGGCGCGUUCGUGUACGGGCUGGUGAUACCCAGCGGGGAGCUCGGCGUGGUGCUGAUCGAGAAGCUGGAGGACUUCGUGAUGGGGCUGCUGCUCCCGCUCUUCUUCGCCAUCAGUGGCCUCCGCACCAACGUGACCCGGGUGAGCGACCCGGUCACCGCGGGGCUCCUGGUGCUGGUGUUCGUCAUGGCCAGCUUCGCCAAGAUCAUGGGCACCAUCCUCAUCGCCAUCUCCUACACCAUGACCUUCCGCGACGGCGUCGCCCUCGGCUUCCUCAUGAACACCAGGGGGCUCGUGGAGAUGAUCGUCCUCAACAUCGGAAGGGACAAGCAGGUGCUGGACGAUGAGUCGUUCGCGGUGAUGGUGCUGGUGUCGGUGGCGAUGACGGCGCUGGUGACGCCGGUGGUGACCACGGUGUACCGUCCGGCGCGGCGGCUGGUCGGGUACAAGCGGCGCAACCUGCAGCGGUCGAAGCACGACGCGGAGCUGCGCAUGCUGGCGUGCGUGCACACCACCCGCAACGUGCCGUCCAUCAUCUCCCUCCUCGAGCUCUCCAACCCGAGCAAGCGCUCCCCCUUGUUCAUCUACGCGCUCCACCUGGUGGAGCUCACCGGCCGCGCAUCCAACAUGCUCGCCGCCCACCACACCGCGGCCAACCAGAACCGCAGCGCCAGCACCAGCGCCAGCGAGCACAUCUUCAACGCCUUCGAGAACUACGAGGAGAGCGUCGCCGGCGUGUCGGUCCAGGCGCUGACGGCGGUGUCGCCGUACCAGACGAUGCACGAGGACGUGUCGGUGCUGGCGGAGGACAAGCACGUGUCCCUCAUCGUGCUCCCGUUCCACAAGCAGCAGACGGUGGACGGCGGCAUGGAGCCCAUCCACCCCUCCCUCAAGGGCUUCAACGAGAGCAUCCUCACCUCGGCGCCAUGCUCCGUCGGCAUCCUCGUCGACCGCGGCCUCAGCGCCCCCGCGGCGCGCUUGUCCAACAUGCACCGCUUGGCGCUCCUCUUCUUCGGCGGGCCGGACGACCGCGAGGGGCUUGCCUACGCGUGGCGGAUGGUCGAGAACCCCGGCGUCUGCCUCGCCAUCGUCCGCUUCAUCCCGCCAGGCUACACGGCGCCGCCGCCGGCGGUGGCGCCGCCGUCGUCCGUGCCGUCCGGCUCGCGCGCCAUCACCAUCGUGCCCGACGUGCCCAAGACGGAGCGGCAGAUGGACGAGGAGUACCUCAACGAGUUCCGGUCGCGCAACGCGGGCAACGAGUCCAUCAUGUACGUGGAGCAGGUGGUGGCCAACAGCGAGGAGACUAUGGCGGCCAUCCGGAACCUGGGCAACGCGCACGAGCUGUACAUCGUCGGCAGGCAUCCCGGCGAGGAGAGCUCGCCGCUCACGUCGGCGCUGUCCGACUGGAUGGAGUCGCCGGAGCUGGGGCCCAUCGGGGACCUGCUGGUGUCGUCCGAGUUCUCCAAGAUGGUGUCCGUGCUGGUGAUGCAGCAGUACCAGCUCACCACGGCGCAGCCGGCGGUGCCCGUGGCAGACGACCCCGUGCGGCAGUACGUGACCAAUGCCAACCCGCGGCCGGCGAUGGGGGUCGGUGGAUACCAGUUGGUGGGCCGCGGUGGCUUCUGA